AUGCAGCGUUCCUCAGUUACUCUGGCUGAAGUGCAUGACUGCCUGUCCUCUACCCGCGCCAUCAUUCUCAAAUACAAAUCCAGACCUGGACCUAGACUGAAAACAGUGCUGGGAACAAACCUGUAUGAGGGCAUCAGUCUGAGGCCAUGUGAUGAACACUCUCUUCACCAGACCAAAGGCCGUCUCAUAGAUCUGCUGUCAGAGACAAUGCUCAACAGAUUUGAAGAUAUGAACCACGGGAUCCUGAGUGCCAUGCGGCUCACUAACUUCUGCUAUUGGCCAGAGGAGGACAUAAAUGGCGAUUUCGGUGAUUCUGACAUCCAGGACCUUGUUACACACUUCAAACCUCUGCUUCAGAAAUCUGGGGUGAAGGUGGAAGAAAUCCAAGACCAGUGGACUAUUCUGAAGUCCAGGAUAUACCAGAACCAUGGUGUCCUACGAAACAUUACCUGGCCUGCAAUCAGUCGCCAGCUUGACCAAUACUGCCCAGACAUACUACACGUGGUUGACCUCAUCCUUUCCAUUCCUGCUUCAACAGCAGAUUGUGAACGUGGAUUCAGUGCCAUGAAGCUGACUUUGAUCCAGCCCCAGCUAUCAACUUAUGGCAUGCUGGAAGCCUCAGGAAGACAAAAAGAAUUGGAUGAAGCACUGGUUGACCUGAUUGUGAAAGACUCACAACCUUUCUCAAUCGUGGAAGAUGAAGGGUUCAGGAACUUUGUCAAGAAGCUUGAUCCCAAUUACAUCCUCCCAUCCAGAAAUACACUGAAAGCCAUGUUGAAGUCCAGAUACAGAGAGAGAAAGGACAAAGCCAUGGAAGAAGUGAAGACACACACAGCUGAACAUCUGAAGGAGGCUAAGAGUGUGCUGGCCUUGUCCACGUUGGGAACCGCCCGGAGGCUAUGUUCGUUUUUUUUUGUGGUAUUCCUCUGCUCCCGCGCCUUUUGGAGAAAACAUGGCCGCGAAGCACAUGGGGAGCGAGGCCGGGGUGAUCCUCGCAGAGUAAAUGUGGACAGCAACACAGAGAGGAGGCUGCUAAACUCCGUGUCGUUGGGCAGAUUUGCUGGGCUGAAAGAUUGCCCCGUGCCCCUCUGCCCGGCGAUAAACCUCAGUCAAAUCGACUGCCACCUGAGGCUGCGGCACUCGCUCUACAGCGAUGAGCUGAAGGAAUCGCAGUCGGCAAGAAGCAGGCGGCAUGGCAGUCGUUGCACGAAUUUAAAAGCGCUCGCAGGGAGAAAACCGAUUAAAUGGUGCAGCGGAUCAGACGGCUGGAGCAGGAGGUGGCAGAGCACAGACAAAGUUCCUCUUCGCCACAGGGAUCGGGAUCCGGGUCGCACAAGCAGUUCUUCUCUGACUUGGCGCUCCCCAGAUUUCAGGAGAGCGUCUUCCUGGUCAGCGCCUCUGGGACUUUCUCACAAAAACCAGAUGCAUGAGCUGAAGUGCAUUAAAAGUUUUGUGUUUUUCAUGUGGGGCAAUAAAGAGGCCCCAGCUCCUGCCCACCUCCGAUUUCUGAAGGACACUGGCAGAGUUAAUGACUGGCUGUCUGACCUUGAUAAGAAAUUCAAGGUUACGACGAAUAAAACCUAUGUCUUGGCCGUCAUUAAAUUCUGCCAGUUCUUGUUAGAGUCGGACCUCUUUUGUGUCCGGCUCCACAAACAGGAAAUCGCCUACCUUUUUCGGCAUUUGAGGGGACAGCUCAAAGCAUUGGGGAAUCGAAUAGUCGGACACAGGCAAGAGGUGAAGGAGCAGAACUCUCAGAGGAUGCUGACCCAGGAGAACCUCUCGGAGCUGGCGACCGAGCUGCAAUCCCGGAUCCCUGAAUGUCUCGAUGCUCUAUCAGAGUCAGAGACAUCCUACUGCACAACAAGUGCAUAGGUGCAAUUGCCACCUAUGUAUUUGUAAACACAGGCCACAGGAAUAGCAUGGUAAUAAACAUGUUGGCGCGAGAGGUCACCAAGGUGCAGGUAUCAGAGGACAAGGUGGUCAUUCACUUAAACAUUAUGAAUUUUAAACAUCAUGUCAACGUUCAUGUCAAACAUGACCCCCUCCAAAAAAGAAUACCAGUGGCUCCACCAGUUCGCUCAGCUCCGCUUUGAGCUCCCUGGCUUCAGAUCCUUGGUCAAGACAUUAUUUUUCACGUCUUCAGGACAGCCGUUUCGGAAACUGAACGACAUGGUGAUGGACACAUGCCUGAAUUGUGGCAUGCCCAAGGCAUUCACCAUGUCACAGUUGAGUAGCGGCGUGUUGACGUGUAUAGAGAGGAACCUGCCGGAGGACCAGCGGCAGCUGGUGUCGCACAUGAUGUGUCUCAGCGUGGAGACUGCUGACCGGUUUUAUGUCGCGGAACCUGAGCUCGCCGAGCUGCACGAGGGCUGAGAAUGCCUCCGUCAGGCCCUGGGCCUCAGCAAGGUUCCACAGCAUUCUGGCGGUACUAACAUGUGACAAAGAAGGUGGAAACACCCUGUGGAGGAAAAGACAAGUCAAUCACUUCAGCAAGGGAACAGUGAUGGUGAGGCUAAAAUAACAUAUUUAUUUUCCAACAGGUGACACUGCCCAGACGGAGGGAGCCCCGGGGGCACCUGGCACACAGCCGCCGUAUAGGGUGGUGGUCCUCGACCAGCUGCAGGAGGAGCAGCAGUUGGAGCAGGAACAGUUGGGGCUGCAGCAGCUGUUAUAGGAUCAGCUGCAGCAGGAGGAUGAGCUGGAGCAGCGGCAGCUGGAGUAGUUGGAGGAGUCAGAGUCUGAAACCAUGAAUCAUUCCACAAGAAACAGCAGGAGGAUAUCAGUCCUUUUGAAAGCCCAUCAUCCCCCCCCCCCCAUUUUGUAUUUAUUUACUGUAGUCUCCUUUAAGUAUUUAUAUAAUAUAUAUUUUUAUAUAUGUAUAUUUUUAUUUCAUUUCACAGCUGCUGUGUUUUUAUUUGUGGUACCGUAAAAGUCACUUUGCACUUGAGGUUUUGUUAAGUUAUAAA